CAGCUCAGAGCCGAGUGGUGGCGGCGGGCGGAGGCCACGCACCUGCAUAAUGAGCGAGGCGGACGGGCUACGGCAGCGCCGGCCCCUGCGGCCGCAGGUCGUCACCGACGAUGGUCAAGUCCCGGAGGCCAAGGACGGCAGCUCGUUUAGCGGCAGAGUUUUCCGAGUGACCUUCUUGAUGCUGGCUGUUUUCCUCAUAGUUCCCCUGCUUGGAGCCAUGAUGCUGUUGGAUUCUCCGAUAGAUCCACAGCCUCUCAGCUUCAAAGAACCCCCCCUUUUGCACGGUGUUCUGUAUCCGAAUACGAAGUUGCGACAGGCAGAGAGACUGUUUGAAAAUCAACUUGUUGGGCCCGAGUCCAUAGCACAUAUUGGGGAUGUGAUGUUUACUGGGACAGCAGAUGGCCGGGUCGUAAAACUUGAAAAUGGUGAAGUGGAAACCAUCGCCCGGUUUGGUUCCGGCCCCUGCAAAACCCGAGAUGACGAGCCUGCUUGUGGGAGACCCCUGGGCAUCCGGGCAGGGCCCAAUGGGACUCUCUUUGUGGCUGAUGCAUACAAGGGACUGUUUGAAGUAAAUCCCUGGAAACGUGAAGUGAAACUGCUGCUGUCAUCUGAGACACCCAUUGAGGGGAAGAAAAUGUCCUUUGUGAAUGAUCUCACAAUCACUCAGGAUGGGCGGAAGGUUUAUUUCACAGACUCUAGCAGCAAAUGGCAGAGACGAGAUUAUUUGUUUCUGGUUAUGGAGGGCACAGAUGAUGGGCGGCUGCUGGAGUACGAUACCACCACCCAGGAAGUGAGAGUUUUGCUGGAUCAGUUGCGGUUUCCUAAUGGGGUCCAGCUGUCUCCUGGGGAGGACUUUGUCCUGGUGGCAGAAUUGACCAUGGCAAGGAUACGAAGAGUCUACGUGUCUGGCCUGAUGAAGGGAGGAGCUGACCUAUUCGUGGAGAACUUGCCUGGAUUUCCAGACAAUAUCCGGCCCAGCAGCUCCGGCGGGUACUGGGUUGGCAUGUCGACAAUUCGCCCUAACCCUGGGUUUUCCAUGUUGGAUUUCCUAUCCGAGAGACCCUAUAUUAAAAGAAUGAUUUUUAAGCUGCUUAGUCAGGAGACGGUGAUGAAGUUUGUGCCAAGGUACAGCCUUGUUCUGGAGCUCAGCGACAGCGGUGCCUUCCGGAGAAGCCUGCACGACCCAGAUGGGCUGGUGGCCACUUACGUCAGUGAAGUGCAUGAGCAUGACGGGCAUCUUUACCUGGGCUCCUUCAGGUCCCCCUUCCUCUGCAGACUCAGCCUGCAGUCGGUGUAGCUGGCCUUGGGGGCUGCCCCUGCUGCCCUGCUGGGAGGCCUCACACUGGGCACCAGGCCUGGUCUGGGAGGGCCAUGGACACAGCUGUGGAGCAUGUGUCCCCAUGUACCAGGCCCUCAGAGAUGUUGCGGGAGCGGCUGCUGCAACCCCCAAGGAUUGGGGCACCCUUCACUUGGGCCUACCUUUGCGUUUAGAGGGGACAUAACAUUAUCUUCCUGCUGCCAGGAAGAUAAAUUCACUUAAAGCCAUUUUCUCUCAACAACAACAAAAAAGAAAGAAUAAAACAGCUUUCUAAGUAGGGUGGUUCUUUAGGAUGCAGGAGACUUCCUGUACUCUGUGGGACUCUGUGUUGGGUGGAGGGAGCAACUCGCCUGGUGCACUGCCUGGGACAGGGGUGCUCCUGACUGCCAUGCUGGUGUGUGUCUGCUGUAAAGAGGGUGACGCCUUUCUCUGCAGAGGCUCGAGAGUGUUGAGCCAGCCAGUGGGAGCUGUGCAAGCUGAGACUUAGGACUGGGUCCUAAGGGUUGUGUGGGACUCAGUUCUUAAGUCCCUGGGUGCUCCCUCUGCAGUGAGAAGGGAAGGCAUGUGGGUUCCUGUGGCUGAGAGAGGACCCACUGGGUUUCUUUCUGUGAGUACCCACCAUGCUGGAGUUGAGUGGCCUAGUGACUCAGCCCGUUUCCCAGGGGUGACCCAAGAGCGUCCUGUUUACAACCCUGUUGGUCCCUCUGGACCCACAAAGGUGAGCAGUGCAUAUGUCCAAGUGCUGAGAGCUGCUGUGUGUCUUCACGGGUACAUCUACACACUGGUCAUAAUUUUGAUAAUAAAUACAAAUAAAUUGAUUUCUGGUGAUUAACCUUU